AAAUUGAUGGCCAGACGGACCAGUUGCAAAUUUGCUGGUGGAACUGAAGAGCAUUCUGCCAAACGAACAGGGCCGGGAGAGCGGGAAAAUGAAGAUGACCUCCAGAUUGACGUGGCCAUUCAAAGAAAAGGAAGCAGGCGUGAUCAUCGAUAAAUUGAAACACUACUGUGGCGAGAUUGCACAAAUUUUAGCAAUCGACACAUGGAACACGCUCAAGGAAGUCGAUCGAGAAGUCAAAGAAGCCGAUCGAGGAAUCAAGGGGUUGAUAGCGCACGAGAAAGCCGAGGAACGUCGGAAAUUGCUUGAAUGGAUGAGCCCUGUGUCUUGUACUGAUAAGCAUGCCACCUGCCGUGGUCAGCGCAACCCCGAGACCGGUCGUUGGAUUUUCCAAAACGAUCAGUUUCUGGCUUGGAAUAACUCAGAUCACGCACUCCUAUGGUUGAACGGCCAGCCUGGUCACGGAAAGACUAUCCUUGCCUCAGCCAUUGUAGACGAAAUUCACGAUAGCGGUAAAGCAGAGCCCCAAACACUCGCUUACUUUUAUUGCAAUUUUCGAGACGACAGGACGACAAACGCGGCCGCAGUAUUGCGCUCCUUGAUUGUUCAGCUGCUUCAACAAUCUAAGGACAACUGGAUCACAAGGAUAGGCGAGAGGCACGAGUCAAACACAGAAGGGAACCUUGACUCUCUGCGAAACCUCUGGCAACAACAACGCGAUGCAAAACCGCAUCCCACAGAUCUGGGGUUUCUGCGAGAGAUUCUUGUUGAAGCGUCUACGCUGGUUCACCGACCAGUCCUCGUGAUUGAUGCCUUAGACGAAUGCAAGGACUACUCAGACCUGGUCGGACAUCUUGCAAACCUUGCCGAAGACGCUCGACUACGACUUUUUGUCACCGGUAGAAGCGAGCCAGAAAUCCAAGAAGCCUUUCAUGAUCUCCCCACUUUGUCGUUGAAGGAUAGCUCAGAACAGAUGAAAGCAGAUAUAUGCACGCACAUUACAGAGCAGCUGAAAAAUCAGAAGAAAUUGUCACGCCUAUCCGAACCACUCAAAAAAACUAUCUUGGAGAAACUGUUAGAAAAAGCAGAAGGCAUGUUUCGCUGGGUUCAGUGUCAACUGGACGUCAUCAUGACGUGCAAAAGACCUGACAGUAUUCGGAAAGCCCUCGACGACCUUCCAGCAGGACUCUAUGAAACGUAUGACAGGAUCAUUCAUUCCAUCGAAGAAAGAGGAAAAGACGAUGGCCCGAUUGCCCAGCGUUGCUUACUUUUGCUGGCUGGUGCAUUCACCCCCUUGACUCUCGACCAGCUCAAUGAAGCGAUGAUGAUCGAGAUUGGGCGGGCCACUCUCGACGAGGACCUUGGCGUUAUGGACACUAUGGAUAUCGUGGGCGCGUGCGGAAGCCUUGUGACCUACAACGAGAAAACUGGCGUCGUCGCUCUAUCCCAUUAUAGUGUCAAAGUAUCAUUUGUCAACCUUCUUCAUCCUGCUCAUCCGCUGAUGCGCUACGCAACCAGGAAUACUUGGUCAGUCGCACUAAUAGCAUCUUCAAAUCGAUCUCAGACAUGCACGCACGGAUUUGCGAGCUCUUGAUUACCUACGUGUUAUGUGACUUUAUGGACGAGAUCUGCGCAGAACUCGAACUUGAAGACAAACAAGCUGCCAGUCAACGAUUUUUGUGGUUAUAUCCCGCUGAUGUUGCCAAAGUCAGGAAAGACCAUCCAUUGCUGAGUUAUGCAAUUCUAGGAUGGAAGCACCUUGGACUUGUUUCGGACGAGGAUUCUGACGUUAUGAUCGCCCUGUCACGGCUGAA